AUUGGCUGUGGAGUUUUAAGUCCCGCCCUAAUAUGGUGACGUACCUCCGCUCUUCCUCCAACUCUCGUUGUCGGCUGCUGAACUGGGGAUUGAACUGAACGCUUUUCUCGGAUCUAGCGCUGAUUCCUGCGCAGGGGGACCGGGGACCGAGAAAAGCGUAUGAUUCGGGCGUAGAUCCAAGUAAGGGCUAGUACACCAUCAGGCGGUGAAUGUGUCUCAGACUGCUGGGCAACUUGAAACACUAACGCUCACGCCUCCUGCUGGUGGAGCUGUGGGAGGCGCUGGCAGACAUCCAGUCCCCAGCGAGAGCACCGGCGCUCAGUGGCAUGCCCAGGCCUGCGCUGAGGGGGGCUUGAGAAGCGACGGACAAAGGCUUGGCUCCGGAGGAGCGGACGCAGACGGCUGAACGAUGCCACUGGGUCUGGGUCGGAGGAAGAAGGCUCCGCCGCUUGUGGAGAACGAGGAGGCGGAGCCGAUUCGGGCGGGCCUUGACGUGGCGGGGCUGGACGGCGUGGGGGCCGGCGGCGCCCGGGAGGGGGCCUCCCUAGGGACGGUCACCCCGGGUCUCCCCCCACCUCCCGCCAGCCUCAGGCCGCGGCUGGUUUUCCACACGCAGCUGGCCCACGGGAGUCCGACCGGGCGCAUCGAAGGCUUCAGCAACGUGCGGGAACUUUACGCCAAGAUCGGGGAAGCCUUCGGGAUUCCGCCGGCUGAUGUGAUGUUCUGCACACUGAACACCCACAAGGUGGACAUGGAGAAGUUGCUGGGCGGCCAAAUCGGGCUGGAGGAUUUCAUCUUCGCCCAUGUGAAGGGCCAGAGGAAGGAGGUGGAUGUAUUUAAGGGCGAGGACGCCCUGGGGCUCACCAUCACGGACAACGGGGCCGGAUAUGCUUUCAUCAAGAGAAUUAGAGAAGGAAGCAUCGUUCACCAAAUGCAACUUGUCAACGUCGGGGACAUGAUCGAAUCCAUCAACGGAAAGAGUCUGAUUGGCUGUCGGCACUACGAAGUCGCCAAGAUGCUGAAGGACCUGCCCAGGGGGCGGAACUUCUGCCUCAAACUGGUGGAGCCCCUGAAGGCCUUUGAUAUGAUCAGCCAGCGAUCUGGGGGUGCCCGAGCUGGAUCCGGGGGGGGCCAGUUGGGGACGGGGAGAGGGACACUGCGUCUGAGGUCCAAGGGGCCUGCUACUGUGGAGGAAUUGCCAUCUGCUUUUGAAGAGAAGGCCAUUGAAAAGGUUGAUGACCUCCUGGAGAGCUACAUGGGAAUCAGAGACAGUGAGCUGGCGGCCACCAUGGUGGAGCUGGGCAAGGACAAACGUAACCCUGAUGAGUUCGCCGAGGCACUGGACGAGACCCUGGGCGACUUCGCCUUCCCUGACGAGUUCGUGUUCGACGUCUGGGGGGCCAUUGGCGACGCCAAGGUGGGCCGGCUGUGACUGAGACCGGAGCCGACGUCCCGGCGGGUUUCCCGACCACCGCCUCACCGAACGAGCAUCACGCCUUCGCUUUAUGAAAAGACAUUUCGCUUUCCGAGCAGGGAGCUUCAUGUAGGAUGUUGUGGGACCGUCGUCCAGGCUGCUUUGCCCUUUAACCUUUGACCUUUUGCCCUACGUGCCGUUUUCCUGUGGCAUUGGUUAGAUAAAUGAGGGACUGAGUCUGCCAUUCAUGGACCACAAAGGCCCAGAGUUCUUUACCCGUACACACUACAAGCUCUGGGUUAGUCUUAAUUUAAAAGCAAAGCGAUGUGGUUUACUGUAACCUAGGACCCUGACUGAGACCUCAUUACACACAUCAGCCUGAUUUUAACUUUCCAGUAAGGCUUUCCUUUUUGCUGUUUUUUUUAUUUUUUUUUAACCUAAAAUGGAGGGAGACCCCCCCCUCCCCAAAUGAACUUAGCCAAACAGUGUGGUAUUCUUUCUUUUACCCGUAAUGAAGCACUGCUCGUUAACCGAAAACCGAAAAAUAGUAUUUGUGGGCCUGGUUACUGACUUUCCCCGUGCUGCCUGUAGGGGGCUCAGUGUUCGGCACCGUGACCUCUCGUCUUUAGGGCUGGGGGUUCGAAUCCCGUCCCUGUCUUUGAUCAUGUGUAGCUGACAUUCUCCCUGUAUUCAGGCGGUUAGGUGAGUUUGCAUCUCGGUGUGUGAGUGUCCCCUGGCCUGUGCCCCUUGCAUCCUGGAAUGGACACUGAUUUACUAUUGCCCUGUUCUGGAGAUGUGGUAUGCAACAUAGGUAGAUGUACUACAGUAUAAAUACUAUAGCAUAUUCCAGCUUUUGUAUGAAUAGCACCCAACCACUGGAAAACAUGUACUAUAACUCUGCACAGAAGAAGCUGAACAUGGAGUGAACUGUGGUCAUGUGAUGCAGGAACUGACUGAUCACAUGAUGAAGUUCUGUGACAAGUCAUGUGAUGAAGGAUUUGAAGUUGCCAAAAUAACUACAUAAAUAAGUUUCCUAGUGCUGAUGCAUGCUUAUAUAUUUUUUAUAUAUAUAAAUGAUGUAGGAAAUGUAUGAAGGAAAGAAUGUGGCAGUAUGUGAAGCUUUUUAAAUCAAAGAAGUAAAAUGAGGGGAAUUGAGACCCAACAGUGGGCGGAGUUACGCUGCCGUGUCUAUCACUGACUGGUUUGAUCCACUACAUACCGGUGCUAUUUAGGGUAGUAAGGCAGUAAGUGACAGCACGUGACAAUCACACUCGUGCAUUUUCAAAACCUCCGUUUCCCCCAUCGAUCUAGAAUAAGACACUAAUAGGAACAGUGCAUUCAGCAGAUAUACUGAUAAAAUUAUACGCGACUAGGAUUUCAGUAGUGGACACUUUGGCAGGGAGCAUUUAUAUAGUAAUAAUGUACAGGUUUGAUGUUUUAGUUCAGAAAAAUUGAAAUUUUUGAAAAAGUCUUUAGGUAAGCAAUCAUGGACCACUGGAUGGAUGACAGAUUUUUUUUUUCUUUUAACGAGUGGGGGGUGGUUGGAACCGUCUGAUGGUUUUAUUUCUUCCUCUGACAAGCAUAAAGAGCAUGAGUGUUGCUGACAGCCUGUGACGUGUGUUACUUUCCAGCCCCUUUGGAAGGAAAAUCCUGCUGUAAGGACCAUCUGUCACCAUGGGAACACUGUCUGACUGUCCGGCUCUGACGAUUUGUCCCGGCCUACACCUAUUUUUGUAACGACUAAUCCAUGUUUUGUGUGCCCCAUGUGAUAAAGUCUAGUCAUAAACUGCAGUUUAUUGUUAUAUAUGCUUUUGUAGUGGUAUGUUUUGAGAGAGUUUCACACUAACCCUGUUUAACAGUAUUAUUACUGAAUCGCUAUGUGGAAGAGGACUGAUUAAAUGUCACUAAACUCGCACUGAAAAAGGUCACCUGCUGUUUUCUGUGACAUUAACAUUCUUAAUAAUAAGUGUCAUAUUUACAGUGUAAA